AUGGACGUUCAUACUGCUAAUGAAAAUAUUAGAAAAAUUGAAGACAUCAUAGAUAUACAAAAAGCAAAUGGAAAUUUCAAUACACGGCAAGUGGCCUUCAACCUUCCUUCAGAGUCCGACAGCACGGUCUCUGCGAAUUUAGCCAAAAGCUUAGAAUCUGGCUUAUCUAAAUCAAAAUCCGAGAGUGACAAUAAGAAAAAAUUUAAGAAACUUCGAUCAAAACGGCAUAAGAGUCCUUUACCGGACGUUAUAUCAUGGCCGAGCGAUUCCGAUAUAACUGUGCUCCGAAUGAAAUUGUGUUUAACCAGCAGUGACUUGAAAGAAAAAGUGGGCAACCUGAUUCCUGGAGAUGGACUUCACCAGCCCGAUAGUUCUUCCAUGGUCAAUUUGGCGACAUUGAUCCGUCAGUCCCAAACACCAUCUAAACACAGUUUCAAUAUUGAAGAAUAUCUUUUACCUCUUACGUCAUGGGAAAGAGAACAAGACCAAGACGUGGAGGAAGAACCAGAGAAGGAAGAACCGAUAGUUGAAGAAGAACAACCGAAUGAUAUUGCUGCAAAGUUUAAACGCGAUUUUGCUGUUUACGAAGCUAGGUGCAGUCAUGAUCAUAAUGAGAACUUGAGUUCUAAAGACAGUCAGUCAGGCUAUUCGAAGAUCACGAAAAAGUCCAAGUUGGCCAGGUUUCUGCGUCUUUACUUUUGUCCCUGUUGCACAUGUCUUUACAGACUAGAGAAAAUGCGAGACGAGCCCUCAGCUUAUUUUACGAAUCGCAAAGAAACGUAGGUAGGAGUCUACCUA